AUGUCUGCCGUCACCACCUCCCUCUCCUCGGUGGUUUCCACCACGGCCACCGCCUCCAUCCCAACACACUCGUGCGCCGUCACCUACGAAAUCCCCACCCAGGACGCCGCCUGCGGUGCCGUACACUCGGACAUCUCAGACAAGAUCAUGAAGCAAUGCUGCGGCGACGCCGACAUCGUGAGCAUUGACGGUGGUUGCGCCUCAUACUGCCUCGCUCAGGGCAAGGACGUCGGCGAACUGUCCAAGUGCCUGUACUCGAACGGCUUCACGGGCAACAGCGUCUACUGCAACAAGCCCCAGACCGCGACGGCUACUGGUACGGGUACGGGCACGGGCACUGCUACCAGCACUGGAAGCUCUGGCAGCACCGCAACUGGCACUGCGGCGACAACGACGACGACCGGCACUGCCACGACUUCCGGUACUGGGACCGCUACAGGCACGAGCGCCACUGCGUCGACGACCACCGGAGCUGCUGUCCCCGUUGCCAAGGUGUCGACCGGCGGCGUGGGUGUUUUGGCUCUCCUGUUCUGCUCGGCUCUGUUUGGUGCCAUGGCCUAG